UUUUUCUUGUAGUUUAUUGAAGUAAUUUUGGCCUGCGGAAGAUUCGGAGCAGCUCGAGAGAGACUCAUCGCAGCCGCAGCCGCCGCCUCGCCGGAGUGUCCGCUGCUCUCGCCGCCUCGCCACUUGCUGCCGACUGCUGCUGCAUCCUCCAUAUCUGCAGUCGCCGCUGCCUCUCUCGUUGUUGGCGCGUCGCCUCGCCACGUGCUGCCGACGGCUGCUGCAUCCUCCAGCUCUGUCGUUGCCUCGCAUUUCUUGCCGCUACAGCCUCAGCUCUGCCCGACACCUCCCGCCGUUGCAUCCUCCGCUCUCGUCAAGGUCUCUUGAUCAUCUAUGUUCAAACAAGAGUCAGAAUCACUUCUGCUCUGACUUGAAACUCUUGGGAUAUUCUGAAGCUGAGGCCUACUCUCCCACAUUAUAAAUUAAUUGUUGUAUUGAGGCAACGACAGUUGAAUCACAACUCACGCAUACAGCUGCCCAAAGAAACAGUGUAGGGCGGGCAAUCACUGCCUGGAGAGUGAUCCGUUCGUUUGGCACUUCCAUAGUACGGCCUCCUGAUUGAUGGUCCAAGAUGAAGUAUGUGAGGCCACUGACUUUGUACCAAGAACUGCUGAAAAGAAAUGAGGUAGAAAGGGGACGUCUACUUGGUUUGGAUGUGGGUGAUAAAUAUGUUGGCCUAGCUGUUUCAGAUACGGAUAACAAGAUUGCUUCCCCUCUCAGUGUUUUGCUUCGGAAGAAAUCAAAUAUUGAUUUGAUGGCAACUGAUUUUCAAAGUCUGAUUUCUGAACUGUCUCUUGCUGGCUUGGUCUUCGGCUACCCUUUUAAUAGGCAAAGAAAGUGUCCGGAAGGUGUGCCAAUGAAACUUUUCAUUGAUGCUCUUUGUAAAACGAGGAAACUUGAAGGUGUAGCAUAUACCUUUUGGGAUGAGUGCUUCACAUCAAAGAAUGUGGAACUCUUCUUGAAGCCCUUAGAUUUGCAUCCAGUGCUGAGCAAGACAAUAAUUGACAAAUUUGCUGCCGUAGGAAUACUCCAGGGUUACCUGGAUUAUGUGAACAGAAGUAUUGAGUUGAAAAGAGCAGGGUGACCUCUUCCUAGAUGGUGUAUCUCUUGUUUUUUCCUCUUUUUUUUUUUUUCUUUUGUGGGGGGGGGGGGGGGGGGGUUAUUGAAUUGACAGUGGUAAAAUAGCCCACCAAAGCAUUGGCCAGAACAUUAUGAA